UUCAGAGCGAAUGGGUUCUCUCCAGAGGCCCAGAGCGAAUGGCACUCAACGAGAAGGGAGGGAUGAAGACUUGAUCUCAGUAAGGAUCUCAGUAAGGGUAAGCGACUCGGUAACUGAAACAAGUGAGGAAGGUGCUCAUCAGGUUGGAGACGCCCCUUCCGCUAAUGGUUCUGCUAAUAGCGCGGCUUGUGCAAAUGAGUCUUGGCGUCAGAUUCAAAACCUGGUUAAGAUCAGCAAAAACGAAGAAUUGAAGACAGCUUUGGACGAUUGGAAGGAGAUCAAGAACGGUUGCGAGACCCGCCUCAAAGAAAUAAGCAGUGGUCAAGCGGACUUGAGAAACCAGGAGUACAGCAUAAUUGGAUUCUUCAGUGUCUUCGAAGGGGUGGUUCUCACCGCCGUGUCGCAGUUGACGACUGGGACGUCCCAGCGAAAGUGCGGGAAGAUUUGGUGUCCGAUUGUGUUGACAGUAAUUGCUGCAGGACUCGCCAUAACUGCGCUGCUGGAGAAGUUCAGACGAUUCCCGGAUUUGGAAUACCAAGAAGCAGACCAAAAGUUUCUUCGAAAAGUUACAGCAGGGCGAAUAUCGCAGCUUAGAUACAAGGGUAAUAAUUUUGAUUUUGCCAAAGACGCUACGGAAAAUCCAAGCGAAGUGCAGGGACUAAGCAGCAAUCACUCCACCGCGCUGUGCAGCGCGCUGAACUUUGGCAGGGCUGGUGUCAUUGUGUCGGUGAUUUGUUUCACAGCAAUAUUUGUCGUCUCACAUUUUGUACUCCUUUGCGACAAGUGGGUUCUCCAAGGUUGGGACUGAGCCACCAGGGCCUCCGCAGUCAGCGGCAGUAGCAGGUCCGAAGUUAACAUGCCGAAGACCAUAAAGAUAACCAAUGGCACUGGUGACAGCAUCACGAUCAAAAUGAACACUGAAGGUAUACUGUCCGACAUGGGUCCCCCAAUAGGCAAGCAGGGGCAUAUCAAUGUCAACGUUUCGGAUGCAUCGUAUUGUGAGUUCUGGGUUUAUUCCUGUACAUCUGGUGGUCAAAGUCGACAACUGGUGCUCAGAUCGAACGACCUGUUGAAGCAUAAGGAAGUUGUGAUUAGGACCUCUGCUUCUACUGGUAGUCAACCCGACUUUACCUGGGAACUGUUCCAUCAUCUGCGGUGGGUAUGAUGGAAUUUUUUCGUCAGUUCGUGGGAAAAGCUGAGACGUCCUGCGGUGUGGUGGAACCUGUUUCGCUGUCAGUGUCUUCUGUCACCGCUUCUGAUCAUGCUUCUGGGUCUACCUCGGAGGAACAUCAACCUCGCUCUACGUCUACUCCUGGCGCUGGCGGUGAAGGCGACAUCGAAGUCGGUGGGAACCGAAAACUGGCGGGAUCGAGUAAAUGAGCACCAUGGCUCAAUAUCUCAGUUCGCUUGCAGUUUCCACAAUCCUGGCGUGAUGUCGUUCCAUUGCAGUGUGACCUACGUGUACCCUCUAACCCCGUUUGGUGUUGUUUGUGAGACGAAGCCUUCUGAAGCACGGAGUGUCUACGCGACCAGAAUGUCAAGAUCUCCUCUCCGGAUGUGGACAAUGAACCAGCAUUCGGACAUCUCGAGCUCAGGUAGUUGUUGGUUUGCGGCUGCGAGCCUUAGAUAAGUAGAUGGACAAGUAUGCAGUGGGCUUUAUUGUUGCACCGAGUAUGCCGGUAUACUUCUGGAGUCGAAAUAGAUCGAGUUCAACAUGCUAGGACACUAUAAUCUGUAAUUGCACUGUGUGGUCGAAGUUGGCAAAAGAACAGCAAGCAACUUCUCUCGCGCUUGUGCGCACACCUGAUGUAGAACUUUUGUUUAGUACUAGUUUUUCCGCGAAACUAAGUAUAGAUGGUAAUGUCAGUUUAUACUCUACACAGCAUAAUGUAGAAUGUUUGUAUAAGUGAUUUUCUUAAACAAGAAAUUUAGUUUUAUUUCAA